GACCCUAUACAAUGAUCGGACCCAGAUGCGCCAACAGGGGCCAUAAAACUGACCCGGAGGGCGCGCUGGCCAUUAAACAAAAGAGAAGCGCGUCACCCAGAACACCAUCAGAAAUAAUAAUAAUAAAAAAACAUGAAAAAUAAAUAAGAAACACUCGUGUAAUCCCAAUUGGCUUUAAAUAAACGUGUCUUCUGUUUUUGUUACAAGCGCGGUAGUUUUCCUGAGGAUGAUUUCAUGUCGUGCACGGUGCAAAGCCGCUUAUUUUAACUGUGGAAGACUUCAGCUGGUAAAGAUGGGAUCAUAAAAUAAAAGGUUCGCUUUUACAUCGAGUCUAUUUGUUUGUAUGAAUUUGUAUAAAUGCUGUAGGAUUCAUAUUUAAUUACUACACGACGAGUCAAGGUUUUCUUUUUUUCAAUAAUCUUGCAUCCGGUGCCGUUUUGUUGCUUCUUUCAAGCAAACUCUUCUUUCGAACAACGAAGAGUUUGUGAACACAAAUUUAAUCUCGGACUGAGUCAUUCUGAGCAAAAUGACGGAAGAAUAAUCCGGUAUAAAACUCGGUCUUUUAUUUUGUGAGGGCACAUCCGUUAAAACAAACUCAACGAUAUUCUGCGAGUCAGUGGCUGCUAUUAAAACCAAAGGCCUAUGAAUGUAUCUCUUUUAUUUCUCAUUUUCAUGUGUUACUUCCAUGAGUUCGUUUUUAAAGGUUCGCAAUAUAUAAAGAUCAGUGAGCGUUGAUGCCACAUCCGAUGCCACGAAAACCAACAUCACCUAUUUCACUCGUAUUCUGGACAGUCUGCUGGAUGGCUACGACAACCGUCUGCGCCCCGGUCUGGGAGACCGGGUAACUGAGGUGAAGACCAACAUCUACGUCACAAGCUUUGGACCAGUUUCCGACACAGACAUGGAGUACACCAUCGACGUGUUCUUCAGGCAAAGCUGGAAGGACGAGAGGUUGAAGUUUCACGGCCCGAUGAACAUCUUGCCCCUCAACAACCUGAUGGCGAGUAAAAUCUGGACCCCAGACACCUUCUUCCACAACGGGAAGAAGUCGGUGGCGCACAACAUGACCAUGCCCAACAAACUGCUGAGGAUCAAAGACGAUGGGACGCUGCUCUACACCAUGAGGUUGACGGUGCAUGCUGAGUGCCCGAUGCAUCUGGAGGAUUUCCCCAUGGACUUCCAUUCCUGUCCGCUCAAAUUUGGCAGCUACGCCUACACCAUCUCAGAAGUGACUUACGCCUGGACUCUCAACGCCUCUGACUCGGUGGUAGUGGAAGGGGAAAGCUCCCGUCUCAACCAGUACGACCUGCUGGGACAAACAGUGGGACAGGAGACUAUCAAAUCCAGCACAGGUGAAUACACAGUGAUGACAGCUCAUUUCCAUCUGAAGAGGAAGAUCGGCUACUUUGUUAUCCAGACUUACCUCCCCUGCAUCAUGACUGUCAUCCUCUCCCAAGUGUCUUUCUGGUUGAACAGAGAAUCGGUGCCGGCCAGGACUGUGUUCGGUGUGACCACCGUCCUGACCAUGACCACCCUGAGUAUCAGCGCGAGGAACUCGCUUCCCAAAGUAGCAUACGCCACCGCCAUGGACUGGUUCAUCGCCGUCUGCUACGCCUUCGUCUUCUCGGCCUUAAUCGAGUUCGCCACCGUCAACUACUUCACCAAGCGGGGCUGGGCCUGGGACGGGAAGAGCGUCGUGAUCGAAAAGAAAAAAGAGAGAGCCUCCAUCAUCAAGAAGAACAACGCCUACGCCGUGGCCGUGGCCAACUACGCCCCCAACAUUACCAAGGACUCCGGCACGCUGCCCACCAUCGCCAAAGGUGGAGCCUUGGAUCCUAACAAACCCAAAGCGGACGGCAAAACCCCGGACAGCAAGAAGACAUUCAACAGCGUUAGCAAAAUUGACAGGAUGUCAAGGAUUUUGUUUCCGGUUCUGUUUGGCUCCUUCAACCUGGUCUACUGGGCCACCUACUUAAACAGAGAACCCGUUAUAAAGGACAUGGUCCCCUCCACUUAGAGCCCACCCUUUAACGGGUUCUGGUCCGGGGACCGAGAGACGAACCAAAUACCUCCAGCAACUGUGUACACGUACGUUUGCAGAGUGAACUCCUGGACUGGUCCUCUAUCUCCGCCUGUUUUCUACACCGUCCACAGCACUUUUGACAAGUCGAGCUUUUGUAAAUGUCUCUGUAUAUUUAUAUCGAUGGUUUCAUGGUGAUAUCUUUGUGUGACUUCUUUAUCUAGAGUUCAUAUUUACUUGAAGGUUUCCAAAUAUGUGACCACUGUACAUAACUCAAACGAGGAAACACAAACACAUAUAGUUUAUUUAUUCUCUCUCAUUUACUUCUAAAUGUUUGGGAUUUAAUAGUACACUUUACUCUCUUGAUAUAUCUUGAAGGAAGUUUUACUUUUGAAUGAAUGCGAAUUGUUUGGUUCAUAUUUAAUUUUUUUUUUCCGUUGCCAUUUUAAGUGGCCUAUUUUCUCUGUCCAAGCCAACGCAAAAACACUAUUGUACUAUAUUGUUACUGUGAAGCAGAGGUUUGAUAAUGUGUGUGUGUUCAGUGGGGCCCCUGCGCCACACAAACCCGUCGUUUUACCUUUUAACAAUCGUGCCUAGGCAAAAAUCAAUUUUGUUCAAGAAAAGUUGUGCAACAAAAUGAAGUCAAUAUCAUAUGCUCAACACUUAUUUGAAUAAUAGAACCAUAGUAAACUGAAGCGUUCUGAAGAAUGAGCUGAGCCAAAAGGCAAAACUCUCCUUGUCACUGCUUGAGCUACGGUUAGCUCUCACUUAUUUAGGUUGGACCUGGAAAAACAAGAUCAAGUAGCGCAGCCACUCCUUCCUUGCGAUUCGCUCCAGGCAACUGGGGGAGGCCUGGGACACUGUGGAGAUAUCCCUCAGCUCCAGUUUCCAGUGAGAGGAAAUUCCAGGCUUCUUUGCAUUGGCUGCUGCCCCCGCGAUGUUGGCAAACAGGCUGAAGUGAUGACUCUUCCUUUUUACCAAUUUACCACGCAUGAAUGGCGUCAAAAUAAAGUUGUAAUAUGACUCUAUUAAUACAAAUAUUAAAGAAAAACCAAGUGUAACUACUGACUUACCAGUCAUUAUGUUCUAACUUAAUGUGUUUCCCAGGAGCCUCUUUUGAACACGCACACGCCGUCAAACAAAACGCUAUUAUUUAAGGUAUUUAUUUCGUUAUGGAGUGCUUAACCUAAUGUUGCAUGAAGUAGAAACCUAGCUUGUUUUCUUUCUUACUUUUUUUUUUAAUUGAGUUAUUUUUCUUUCCACAUCAGGUUUUUGGAAAUAUAUUUGUGUUCAGUUCAUUUAUUUGUUUCUAUCACAACUGUCCUGAUGAAAUCUUAAAACAUUCCAGAUAAAAUGAUUGUUCACAAGGUGGAUGCUUGAGUUUCGGUGCACACUUUCUAAUAAAAACACAUAUCAU